GCGCUCCCCCUAGCGGCCGCCGCGCCACCUCGCCCCCUUCCCAGACUCGGCGGCGGCGCAGCUCACGUGACCGCGCUCCUAUAGAGGGAAGAAAGAAGGUGGCGGUUGAAGGCGUUAUUGAGUGGGCUCAAUUCGGUUGAGCCUUCUCCCUCCACCCGCUUCCGCCGGCCAGGCCCCUCCUGCCAGGCCUCUCGGGCCUCCCAACCCGGCCCCGGCGCUCCCCACCGCCCCCACUGCGCCCGGCCCUCCCCGUCCGCUUUCCCUUCUCCCCUCGCCUGGGCUCCAACAAGAAGGGCCGGCGGGGCAGGCCGACCAAGCAGCCCUCGGCCCCCGCUGCGGAGCGCUGCGACCCGGCCCCGUCGCCGCCCACGUCCGGACCCAUCGGGGGCUCUGCUCGCGGAUACGCGGUAGUAGCCGGGGCAGGUGGGCAGCCGCCAGGCUGAGGUGGCGCCCAAGACGCGGCUGAGCUCGCCCAGGGUGGGCAGCAGUAGCCGGAGGAAGCCGCCGCCACCGGCCCGCCCCCCGCCAGCAGCAGCGCACCAGGCCGGCGGGGGGUCGGGGGCAGCCACCUAGCCCGAACCACCGCGGCCCGGAGGGCCGUCAACAAAGUGGUGUAUGAUGACCACGAGAGCGAGGAGGAGGAGGAAGAGGAGGGGGGCGGCGAUGCCGAGGAGACCCAGGAGUCAGGACAGCUAGGAGGAUGAGAUGGAGGAGGACGAGGAUGACUCCGAUUAUCCGGAGGAGCUGGAAGAUGACGACGAGGACGCCAGUUACUCCACGGAAAGCGGCUUCAGCAGCACUCCAGAUUUGGUGUUCAUCUAACAACUCUGCCUAACCCAGACCUUGCCAGACUUUUUCUGUAAAAGGUCAGAUAGUAAAUAUUUCAGCCUUGCUGUCCCUGUUGCAGCUCUGCCGUUGUAGCAAUGAAAGCAGUCAUAGACAAUAUAAAGUGGUAAAAUAGCUGUGGAGUACAGACCCAGUGAAGAGAUUGCAGAUGUCAGAUGGGAAGAACUACACAGUUUAAUUCAAAUGUCAGGCCUGCCCCAGGAAUCUACUGAAAAUUUGAAUCCAUUCCUGGACAUGGAUUCAGCUGGAGAGCUGCUCCUGGGGCCAGAGCACUUCUUGGCUGCACAUCAGGAUUUAAAUGACAAGCUGACUCCGCAAGAAAGGCUCCCAGAGGUGGUUCAACUGCUGGACGGGGAUCAGAACCAGACCCCAGUUGAGCUUCCUCGCCUCAAAAGUAAGGUUCAAACUGCAGAUCUAGAUCAGGCUGCAGGUCAUCAGGCAGAUGAAAUACUUGUUCGACUAGACAGUAAGAUUUCAAAACCAACCAAAUUUGUCGUUUUGCCCAAGAACCUGAAGAAAGAUCUAGCUGAGCGUUGGAGCCUUGCUGAGAUUGUUGGGAUUCCACACCAAUUAUCCAAACCUCAGCGUCAGAAACAGACUCUGCAGGAUGAAUAUUCGAGUAUGGACACACUGUAUCCUGGCAGCCUGCCUCCAGAACUCCGGGUGAAUGCAGAUGAGCCUCCAGGGCCUCCUGAGCAAGUUGGACUUUCUCAAUUCCAUCUAGAGCCCAAAACUCAAAAUCCAGAGACCCUGAAAGACAUCCAGUCCUCUUCACUCCAGGAAGAAGCCCCAGCACAGCUUCCACAGCUCCCUCAGGAGGUAGAACCUUCAGCCCAGCAGGAGGCCCUGGCUCUGCCUCCAGAGUCCUCUGUGGAGAGUCUAGCUCAAACUCCACUGAAUCAUGAAGUGACAGUUCAACCUCCAGGUGAGGAUCAAGCUCAUUAUAACUUGCCCAACAUUACAGUUAAACCUGCAGAUGUGGAGGUUACCAUGACUUCAGAGCCCAAAAAUGAGACAGAAUCUUCCCAAGCUCAGCAGGAGGCCCCAGUUCAGCCUCCAGAGGAGGUGGAACCUUCUGCAACCCAACAGGAGGCCCCAACUGAGCCUCCAGGUCCUCCUAUGGAGCCUGAACUUUCCCCCAGUGAACAGGAUCAGCGAGCUCAGUCUUCUGAGUCUUCUGGGGAAGUUGAAUCUUCUCCAGCCCAGCAGGAGACCCCAGCUCAGCCCCCAGAACAUCAUGAAGUCCCAGUUUCACCUCCAGGUCACCAUCAAAUGCAGCAUUCAGAUUUUCCCAAUGUCUCUGUUAAGCCUCCAGACGUGCAGCUCACCAUAGCAACAGAGCCUAGUGCAGAGGUGGAAACUUCUCCAGUCCACCAGGAGGCUACAGCUCAGCACUCAGGGCCAGGUAAUGAUGUAGAACCUCCCACCAUCCAGCAUGGGGUGAACCUCAGAACACCCAUGAAAAAUUGUGAAAACAAAACAACAGCAGAAGUACAAAGUACAAAGAGACGUAGUUUCCCAGGAGCACAUGUGAAAAAUGACUUUGCAGUCCAGAUGCCUGCAGGCCCAGCAUGAGUCAGCUGAAGGAUGUGGAGGCCAAAAAACCUCAGACAAGUCUGGACCAAGCGGAGCUUCCAGAAAAAGAAAGGUGAGAGCCAACUCCACUCCACACUGGCCAGACCACCCUGGAGGAGGGCUGGCUCCCUCUAGAUGUCAUCAUGUGACAGAAAAGCAUGUGUUCUGAGUGGAGUUACCAAGAUUGGGAGGGGGUGGGAGAGGACUCAAAAGUUGGACAAGAGGGGAGGAGAUGUGUGCCCUGCGGAAGAAAGUGGUUAGUGUCAGGGUGGUCUUCUGCCUGUAGCUUCUGCUUGUUAGUCCUUCCCCUCCCGUCAUCCUGGAGAACGCCUAUUCUGCCUUAGGCCUCAGUGCCUGCCACCUCUUCUGAGAAGCCUUCCCUCACCUCUGUAAGCAGAACCAGCCACACCUGCAUUUGGACCUCCUUCUCCUGCACUGGGAGUCAGGUCCCUUCAUUACAGCACACCUCCUGUGGAAGAAUGUUUUGAGUGUGUGGCUAGGCAGGGACCUCGUCCUACUUAUCUUUGCAUGCCUACUGCCUGGCACAGUGAUCACUCUUCAGCAAAUGUCUGAUGAAUUAAAUUGUUGGCAAGAAAACUGGCACCAAACAUUUUGACCAUGAUUGUAUU